GAAAUCUUUUGAAAAAUCUACCGGGAAAUCUUUUGGAAAAUCUACCGGAAAUUCUUCCAGAAAAUCUGCUGGAAAAUCUUCCAGAAAAUCUGCUGGAAAAUCUUCCAGAAAAUCUGCUGGAAAAUAUUCCAGAAAAUCUGCUGGAAAAUCUUCCAGAAAAGCGCAUUGGAGAGUUUUUAGUUUUGCUAAAUGUAUCAAUAGCGAAGGAGGCCCUCGCUUGCCUUCGGGUCGUUGACGGCGGGGAGGCCAACAGCACUGUUAACGAACGUGUUAAGGAGAAGAUUAACGAACGUGUUAAGGAGAAGAUUAACGAACGUGUUAAGGAGAAGAUUAACGGACGUGUUAAGGAGAAGAUUAACGAACGUGUUAAGGAGAAGAUUAACGAACGUGUUAAGGAGAAGGUUAACGAACGUGUUAAGGAGAAGAUUAACGAACGUGUUAAGGAGAAGAUUAACGAACGUGUUAAGGAGAAGAUUAACGAACGUGUUAAGGAGAAGGUUAACGAACGUGUUAAGGAGAAGAUUAACGAACGCGUUAAGGAGAAGAUUAACGAACGUGUUAAGAAGAUUAACGAACGUGUUAAGGAGAAGAUUAACGAACGUGUUAAGGAGAAGGUUAACGAACGUGUUAAGGAGAAGAUUAACGAACAUGUUAAGGAGAAGAUUAACGAACGUGUUAAGGAGAAGAUUAACGAACGUGUUAAGGAGAAGAUUAACGAACGUGUUAAGGAGAAGAUUAACGAACGUGUUAAGGAGAAGGUUAACGAACGUGUUAAGGAGAAGAAUAACGAACGUGUUAAGGAGAAGAUUAACGAACGCGUUAAGGAGAAGAUUAACGAACGUGUUAAGGAGAAGAUUAACGAACGUGUUAAGGAGAAGAUUAACGAACGUGUUAAGGAGAAGAUUAACGAAUAA